CACAACAAAACUGAAAAGAAGAACACCAGAGAGUUUUUUUUUCCAUGGAACACCCAAAUUCAGUGACACCAAAACAAACAGCGGAAGUGGCACCUACUGUGGUGGCCAUGAUACCAACCCCAGGAAUGGGCCAUCUGAUCCCAAUGAUUGAAUUCGCCAAGAAAAUAAUCCUCCACAACAACCUCGCCGUGACCUUCGUCAUCCCCACCGACGGUCCUCCCACAAAAGCCCAAACCACCGUUUUACAAUCCCUUCCCAACGCCAUUUCCCACAUCUUCCUCCCACCCGUUAACCUCACCCAACUCCCACCAAACACAAAGAUCGAAACAAUUAUCUCCCUCACCCUCCUCCACUCUGUCCCUUCUCUCCGCGACGCCUUCCGCUCCCUCACCGCCUCUCACACCGUCGCCGCCAUGGUCGUCGACCUCUUCGGCACCGACGCCUUCGACGUCGCCAAAGAAUUCAACGUCUCUCCAUAUAUCUUCUACCCUUCCACCGCCAUGGCUUUGUCCCUUUUCCUUCACCUGCCUAAGCUGGACCAGGAGGUUCACUGUGAGUAUAGGGAGCUCGCCGAACCGGUCAAGAUCCCCGGGUGCGUUCCGAUUCACGGAAAAGAUUUGCUGGACCCGGUUCAGGACCGGAAGAACGAGGCCUACAAAUGGUUGCUUCACCACAGCAAGCGAUACAGAGAAGCGGAAGGGAUCAUACAGAACAGCUUCCUGGAAUUGGAACCGGGUGCCAUCAAGGAGUUGCUAAAGGAAGAACCUGGGAAGCCUCCGUUUUACCCGGUCGGACCGCUUGUGAAUAUGGGGAGCGCUCAAACCGGGGCGAAUAGUUCGGAGUGUUUGAGGUGGUUGGAUGAUCAGCCACAUGGGAGUGUGUUGUUUGUUUCUUUUGGAAGCGGUGGGACCCUGUCGAGCACCCAAGUCAACGAACUUGCUUAUGGGUUGGAGAUGAGCGAGCAACGUUUCUUAUGGGUGGUGAGGAGCCCAAAUGACAAUGUCGCUAAUGCCUCUUAUUUCAGUGCUGAUAGUCAAUUUGACCCUUUUGAUUUCUUGCCAAAAGGAUUUGUUGAGAGGACAAGAGGGAGGGGCCUUCUCGUCCCAUCUUGGGGACCACAGCCACAGAUCUUGAGCCAUGGCUCCACUGGGGGGUUCCUGACCCAUUGUGGUUGGAACUCAAUCUUAGAGAGCGUGGUGAAUGGGGUGCCUUUGGUGGUUUGGCCACUCUUCGCUGAGCAGAAGAUGAACGCUGUUAUGCUCACCCAAGACAUAAAAGUGGCAUUGAGACCAAAUGUUGGUGAGAAUGGGUUGGUGGAAAGGCAGGAAAUUGCCACUGUUGUCAAGUGUCUGAUGGAAGGUGAAGAAGGGAAGAAGAUUCGUUACCAAAUGAAGGAUCUCAAGGAUGCAGCUGCCAAAGCUCUAGGUGAAAACGGAUCUUCAACAAACCAUAUCUCCCGCCUCGCUCUUAAGUGGAAAAAUAAAGCAACUGUAACAAAUUAAAGUAGCUCCACUCAACUUCUUUCUUUGAAUUCUACACAAGUACAUAAAUAAAACUGCUUUAUUUAUUU